GAAGCAGAUGACCCGGAAAUGUAAUUGACAUGACACGAACUUGUUGUAUACGGUAAUGUUUAGUUGACGUUUUGCGCCGUAAGCUAUUGUUGCAACAAAUUAAUUAAAACUAUAAGCAGCAUUUAUAAGUAAAAGGUUAAAAAUAAUCCCAUAUCACAAAUGACUUUAUGCCAAUUUGAGAGUGAUAAAACGAAACAAUCGCUCGUGCAGAAGCUCACAGAGGUGAUAAUCGCUCGUGCAGUAGUGUAGUGAAGCAGAAAUGGAGUCCCAGCUGGAAGUGAACCCUGUAUUCCUGCAGCAGCUCAGAGAGUUGGACAUACCCGAGGAGGCCGCCAAGCAGGCACUCUUGCACACUCAGAAUGUGUCUGCGGAGGAGGCUGCAAUGUAUUACUUCAACAAACUAGAGAACGAGGAAGAGGGUGAUGAGGACCUGAUGUUCAAAAUGGUGUUUGUUGUAAAUAUGGAGCUGUCCAUGGGUGUGGGGAAGGUUGCGGCACAGGUGGGUCAUGCUGCAGUGGGUUUGUAUCAGGCCUUGCAGGAGAAAAACAGUUGGAGGGAAAUGGCCUGCAGAUGGGACCAUGCUGGAGCUAAGAAGAUUGUGUUACAAGGCACUAACAUGGCACACCUUUUGGAGCUGCAGGCUCUUGCUAUGAGCCUCAGUCUUCCUACAAAGCUGGUACAGGAUGCUGGACACACACAGGUGGAGCCAGGUUCAUGCACUGUGCUUGCCAUCAUAGGAGAAGAGGAGAUGGUGAAUAAUGUCACAGGCAGUCUGAAACUGCUUUGAGGAAACUACUGUAAUGCUGAGGAAAACUCUUCAAGUGUCGGUUUGUUGUGUACCACAGAAAGAACAGGGGUGACAUUGAGAUGCCCCACAGUAGCAUGGUUUCCCUCAAGAUUAUGGUGCACUCAGUAAUUUAUUGUUUAUGUUGUGAUGACUUACACUGACACCUAACAAGGAGGAUGCAUCUUUACACAAAAACAAACCGUUUCUGUUACUGCUACCUAGGGGUGGGUUAUAUACCGUUAUAAUUUUGUCAACCAAUAUAACUAUUUAUGUAUUGUUUCUAUUGUGGUUAUGCCAAAGUUUCCUGCAGUUCUGAAACUCCAGCACCACAACAAAAGAGCCCAUAUUUUACUCCAGUUGUGAAUGUGAGUUUGCAAUUUGAAUUGAAUGUAAUGUGAAAAGGCAGUGUAUCACUACAUAACGGCAAGAGAAAAUGUAUUUCUAUUAAGCUGUCAUUAUAAGCGGCACACAAAACAAACAACGCAGAAUAUUCUGAUUUACAAGCAACAUACAUUACAGCUUUCACUUAAUCCUUAUGAAAAUCACACUGAGUAAAUUACUUAAGAAAUUAAGAACUUGGAUUAAAUUAAAAUGGGUAAUUUUAUGUAGUUGCUUAAAGGUUUUCAGUAUUGUCAUGAAAGGUUAUCUGACUUGUAAAAUGGAGAAGAGGCUUAAAAAAAAAAAGUAAUCAUACUUAACAUUGUA